UUGCCUUGGUGUCAGUUGGCAGUUUGGAAAUGCCUACACUUAUUAUUUCGAUAGACACACUUCUUUUGCAAGCGUAGAGGUUUCCACAAAUCUGUAUUCAGUAAAUUAACAGUAUGUCCAAGCGGGUGAGCAUCAUGUUGCCCGACGAAAUGACUGUGGCUCAUUCAGGCAGCCGGAGGAACCCGAUGCCCAGCCACACUGUCAAAAGUUCCAUUAAAAGCGGAUCAAGCGCUCGGACGCCAAUGGCACCGCCAGUGUUUGUGGUUGUGAACCCAGAGAGCAGCCAAAGCUCCCUGACCUCAGGUCAGCGGAACAACACCAGCACGACCAGCAACAGUUCCCUAAACCAACGCAGCAAGGAGGAUUCCGGGGAGAGGUUGUCAGGAGUCGCAGAUACGGCAGCCCUGGAGAGCAACACCUGGCUGCAAAAUGGAUCCUCAAACUCUGGUGAUGCGGUUAAUUUCGGUUCGACCUCCGCUUCGAUCAGGAAGUUUCUUAGGAGCACAGUGGCUCUGGUUGGGACAGGGGAGUCCUUAACAUCUGUGAAGCAACUCUUUCACAAGUUCAUCAAGCGCAGCGGCUCCAUGUCCACUUCCAAGCCCUCGCUGGCAUCCUCCUGCUCCCAAACCGCAGGUGAGGAGAAUCCCUAUAUGAGCAAGUCCAAUGAUACGCUUCUGACGGACGUGCCCAUCCGCACCACUGUGCCCAGUACCUCUCAGAUGACGCCCACCUCGCAUUUCUCCAGCUACUCAUUCAACAACACGAACUACGACCUUUACAACCUCCUCUCUGACAUCACCCCGCUAACUGGCUACACGCCCGUGGGUCUCACUGAGGAGGCGGACUACCGUUCCGACACUUCCGCCAACACCGCACUGAAUAGCAUGAGAUCUCUCGCGGAACGAGAGGAGGAUCCCUCAGGAGGCGGAUUCGGCAACAGUUCCUUGAAGAUUUCUCCCGAUCCGGUGAAGGCAGCGGACCCUCAAAGACGUCCCACGUCGAGAGAUCGUUCAAGCAGCAGAUCCUUCCGCCCGAAACUUGGGACGUCGCGCGCUAGCUUACGUAGAAAGUCGCCCAAGAUGACACCUCGAAGCAAUCAGUCCGUGCCUGCAGUGGGGCCCAUAUUUGCUAUGGUUAGUUCAUCCGGACCCAACUCUGCUGAGGGAUCGCGGCGCUCGAGCCAAUCGAGCCGAUCGAGCCUGAGACGUAAGCAAAGUCCUUUACCCAAGGUGGCUGCCAAAAGCUCGGCCACCUCUAGUUCAAGACUGAACCUAGCUAAAGCGACCACGUCCAGGAAAGAAAGCUCUCCACGAUCACGAUCCACGAACCGGCCAAGGAAGAGCUACCGCCGUAGUUCGCCCAGAAGACCAAGUCGAGGUCGAGGCACUCGGACCAGCGCCUUGGAGAGCGAGGACACCGCCAAAGUAGAGUACGCCUUCACUCUGGUCAGCCCGGAGGAGGCGGGGAACAGUCAGCCGGAAGAAAGUAGUGCCGGUGUCGAGGAUGCCUCCUCCAGUUGCCAGACGUAUCAGAAGCACUGCAACUGUCACCAUUGCCAGGACAUGCGUCGGGCGGUCAAGAGGGCGGACUUUUUCAAGUCGCCCGAGGGACAGAAGCGCCUGCAGGCGAAGCUACUGGCCAAGAACUUCUUCAUGGACCUCUGCGCGCUGUCGGAAGUGCGCCGCCAGGUUCAGUCCAACCUGCACGGCACCCGCCGUCAUCCAUCAGCGCGGCACAGUUACCCGGUGACCAUCUGUGGAGCGACCAGGCUGAGCGCAGGCUCGCUCUCGUUGCAGUGGAUCACCCAUGACCUCGACAGCGUAGACCACUUCGACGUCUUCGUGGACAACGUGCCGAGCCGUAGUGUCUACAACCGGCAGGCCACCAACACCGUGCUCGUCGACGUGAACCCCGCCGAGACGCACACGCUCCGGCUGCGAGCGGUGCCGGAGCGUGGCAGCCGUGGUCAGGAUGCGUCGGUGGAGAAAUUCAUGUCGGAGGUGGCGGCCGGUCAUAUGCGUCAGGUCAGGCAGGGCCAGCUCUUCGCCAGGUGCUUCGCGCACCUGGACGCCCGGCCGCAGCAGCGCUCCCUGGUGGACUUCUGGACGGACAGCGAGUUCCUGUACGUGCCCACCCGCGCCUCUCUGCCGCCGCCAAAAGUUCGCUGACUGGGCACAAUAAACCGA